AAAAGUCACAUGAUAUUCAAAAUGGAUGUAUCCUGCAAUACACAGAAAAAUAUUGCCGUUUGUUUUAUUGUCCUGUCACUUAUCCUAUUCAUACAAGGAUUGAAAUUCAACACUGAUGCAGACAAUGUCAAAUACGUCCACGUUAUUUUUAUGAACCAUUUAGAUGUGGGAUAUGAUGGGAUCUCUCCAGAAAUUGGGUUCAUCAAUAAUAUUUUGAAUAGAUAUUUUAAUGAAUAUUUCCCAAGAGCUGUUAAUUUGUCUGAGCAGUUACGUGCUGGGGAAUAUGUAGAAAAUUUUAUUUAUACAACACAUCCAUGGCUUGUCAGUUUGUAUUUGGAUUGUCCAGAACAUUUCAGACUUUCAGACAUUCCACUUUUGUGUCCAAAUCAAACUGAGAAAGAGUAUUUUGAAGCAGCCAUUAGAAGAGGGGACAUCACAUGGCACGCUGGCCCCAUGAACAUGCAGCCAGAAAACAUGAAUGAAAUUCUAUUCCAGAUGAGUUUGAACAUGAGUUUUGAGUUAGAUAAAAAAUUUAAUUUCCAAAGAUCCUUUCCAACUCUUAGCCAGAGAGAUGUACCUGGUCUGACCCAGGCUGUCAUUCCAAGCCUUGUACAGAGAGGAAUAGCUGCUGUUUCUGUUGGAGUCAAUCCUGGCACUAGCCCCCCAGCUGUGCCCCCGUUGUUCAGGUGGAACUUUGAAGGCAAGGAAGUAAUGGCAACUUGGCACCCAGGAGGGUAUCCACUAGGACCAGGCCCAAAUCCAGCUCGACCCGGUGGACUCUCCACCAAAGACUGUGUUGUAAUACCAGGCUUUGAACAUGCUCUUUGUUAUGCUUUCAUUCAGGAUAACGGGGGUCCACCAAUUGAUGUAUUGGAGAUUUUGAGCAACUAUGAGAUACUCAGAAAAGAGUUCCCAAACGCCAAAAUAAAAGGGUCAACAUUUGAGGAGUACUUCGCUGAAGUGAACAAGAUCAGGGAUAGCUUGCCAGUCAUUAGACAGGAAGUGGGGGACACCUGGAUACAGGGAAUAGCUUCUGAUCCAUACAAAAUGGCCAACUACAGGGCGGUCAGUGAGGCAAUCACUGAAUGUGUCAUGGCAGGGCUUUGCAAGGCUUCUGACCCAAGAAUUGUGAGUGCAUCUAGACUACUGGUGAAGUUACCCGAGCACACGUGGGGACUUCCUUCAGUGUCAGACAAUGUUAAUUGGAGCAACCCACAAUUCAAUAAGGCAAGGCUAGGUGAUCAUUAUGUAAACUGUGAAAAAGCAUGGCAAGAACAGAGGGAGUUCAUAUGGAUGGCCAUAGAUCAACUGAGAGAUAUGGAGCCACUGUAUCAGAUGAUACAACAAGCUCUGUCUAAACUGCUUCCACGGGAACCAAAUCUCCGUGAAUAUGAAAUUGUAAGUGACAUGUCCAAAACUUUUAAAUGUGAAGAUGGAAUGGCAAUCAGAUUUGGAAAAGAUGGUUCUCUACAAUCUCUGUAUGAUCCUCACAAUAAGAUGGAAUGGGCAACAGGUGCCCCUUUAGGACAGUUCCUCUAUGUGACAUACAAUGAGACAAACUUUUUGGACAUGGCUAAGCAAUAUAACUACUAUGGAGGAGCAGGGUAUAACAAGAAAAACUCCACCAAGAAUGCCCACCCAGAGUCCAGACCAUGGUUUGCAGUAGUCAGCAAAAUGUACCAGGCCAAAACAUCAGGACCAGGAACCUGUGACAUUUUGCUUAAGCUGGUCAUGGCUGAACCCAAAAGUCACAGCUGGUAUGGAGCCCCUGAAUCUGUGUGGAUAAACUACAAGUCAAGGGCAAAAGGUUUUGAUGUCACUCUGCAAUGGAUGAACAAGACACCAACACGACUCCCAGAAUCCAUUAUGUAUUACUUUAGUCCUGCUCAAAAGAAGGGACUGGAAUGGAGAUUAUCCAAAGUUGGCCACCUUGUUGACCCAGGAAAUGUUAUUCUAAAUGGGAGCCAAUAUGUUCACGGAGUUGAUUAUGGUGUCUACUACAUUAACAAUUUUGGACAAGGGCUACAACUUCUUACUCGGGAUGUGCCACUGGUUUCCAUAGCAACAAAACAGAGACCACCAUCACCGUUUCCUGUACCAUUAAAACCCAUCUCACAAAAUGAUAUCAGCGGCGUGGCUUUUAAUCUAUAUAAUAACAUAUGGGACACAAAUUAUAUCUUGUGGUAUCCAUAUCACGAUGGACUUAACUCAAGUGAUUUUAAAGCCAGAUUUCAAAUUAAAUUUUAUGUUCCAUAGAUAGUCAAUGGCUGUGAUGACAUAUUGUCUUCAAUACUCAUAUGUAUAAAACUCAAAGAGAAGACUGAAAAAAUUUUCAUCUUACAAUGUAAGUGUCAAUUCAUAAAGAAGCUCGGUGAAUGAGCUAGAUCUGAGAUUACAAUUUUGAGUAAAUUUAAUUUUUUUAAAAUCUUAAAUAUAACCUGUGAUAACUUUUGUAUAUUUAUAUAAAUUUUUGAAAAUAAAUAUAUUUUUUCCUUUCAAUAA